UACUUUCGAAUCAAACCAUCAAUGGCAAACUCAAACAAGAAAACGUGUUUAGACAUUGAGAAAUUGCCCAAAAAGCGUGUCUGGCGUUUCUUGGAUCUCGUCCGCUGGGAAGGCUUCUGGUUCCCGCGCUCCGCCGUCCCCUCCGCCAUGACCUUCCGCCACACCUUCACCGCCCGAAACGACGACGUUUUGCUCGCCUCCUCCAUGAAAACCGGCACCACCUGGCUCAAGUCCCUCGCCCUAUCCUGCAAUCGCCGCAACGGCGGCGACGCCGAUGACCCCCUCGCCGCCGAGAAUCCUCAUUUCCUCGUCCCCACCGUCGAGACCGCCGUCCACACCAAAAAAUCCAUCAAAAUCGACAUCUACGACGCGUCUUCUCCGCGAUUGAUUCACACGCACAUCCCCUACUCUCUCCUCCCCGAUUCGAUCAAAACCUCAUCGUCAAAAAUUGUAUACAUCGCUCGGAACCCUAAGGACACUCUCAUCUCAUGGUGGCACUUUUUUAACUCCAUCAUGCCGUCGAUCCCGCUCGCCAAGGCCGUCGAUUCAUUCUGCGCCGGCGUUCAUGAUUUCGGAUCCUUUUUCGACCACGUGGCGGAGUACUGGAUCGAGAGCCGGAAACGGCCUGAGAAGAUUCUCUUUAUGAAGUACGAGGAGCUGAAGAACAAUCCGAAAGUAGAAAUAUCUAAAAUGGCGGAGUUUAUGGGAAAGCCGUUGGGGAGUGAGGAUGAGGUGGAGAAGAUUCUGUGGAAAUGCAGUUUGGAGAGAUUAAGGAAUCUCGAGGUGAAUAAGAAGGGGACGACUUAUGUUUUUGUCGCGAACAAGACAUUUUUUCGGAAAGGGGAAGUCGGGGAUUGGAAGAACUACUUGACGCCGGAGAUGGAGGAGAAGAUCGACCGAAUGUCACGCGAAAAGCUUGAGGCCAUUGGGCUUUUUCUUUGAUUCGCCCAUCCGUUUGUGACUAAGUUCUUAUCAUCAAUUAUUACUGUUUUGCAAUUA